UAAUUUUGGAAGAGAUAGCCAGUACAAUAACUGGGAGAGAGGAUUAUAUUGUGACUCUUCAAGGGGAAGUGUACGGGAACCCUGAACUAGAUCUUUCCCCAUGUCAAAAGUCGGCAUCUUCUAAUAUUUCCAGAAACAAGAGCAGUGUGGUAACUCUUCAAAGUGAUAAUUUCAAAAACAUAGAAAGUGAAGAAUAUUUGUCUUUGAAAGUUCCAGGCCAAAUGACCAUGCAGGACUCCUCAGUGAUGUUCUGUAAGAAUGAGCCCCAGGAUCCUCAGGAAAGCAAAAGUCUAUUUGUAACUGAAGAAAGCACUGAGAGAAAAGUGAUAGGGGAGAAAAGUCCUCCCAGGGACCAUUGUUCAGAGAACCUUCAAAUUAAAUUUGUGUCUGAUGUAACAGAACUGGUCUCGCCAUUGUUCAGUGGUGAGGCAAUCUGCCAGAAUGGUCAGCUGAAAGAAUACUUGGAUCCCCUAGACUGUAACCACAAAGACAGUUGUGGUUGGAAAUCACAGGUGGCCAGUCAUAGUCAUCAGAGAGCUCAUACAGAAGAGAAACCCUGUAACCGUUAUCACUGUGGGAAAAUACUGAACACCAGCUCAGAUGGCCAUCCACGUGAGAAAAUCCACACUGCAGAGAAACGAUAUAGAUGUAGUCGGUGUGGUGAGGACUUCAGUGAGAGCUCAGCACUCCUACUUCAUCAGAGAGCCCACACAGGAGAAAAGCCCUACAAAUGUGAGCAAUGUGGGAAGGGCUUCACCAGGAGCUCAAGUCUCCUCAUCCAUCAAGCAGUCCACAUGGAUGAGAAACCUUACAAAUGCGACAAGUGUGGGAAGGGCUUCACAAGGAGUUCAAGUCUGCUCAUUCAUCACGCAGUGCACACAGGCGAGAAACCUUAUAAAUGUGACAAGUGUGGGAAAGGCUUUAGUCAGAGCUCCAAACUGCACAUCCACCAGCGAGUACACACUGGUGAGAAGCCCUAUGAGUGUGGGGAGUGUGGUAUGAGCUUCAGUCAGCGCUCUAACCUGCACAUCCACCAGCGAGUCCACACGGGAGAGAGGCCCUACAAAUGUGGAGAGUGCGGGAAGGGCUUCAGUCAGAGUUCAAACCUUCACAUUCACCGGUGCAUACACACAGGGGAGAAGCCCUACCAGUGCUAUGAGUGUGGGAAGGGCUUCAGCCAGAGCUCAGAUCUCCGCAUCCAUCUCAGAGUCCACACUGGAGAGAAGCCCUAUCACUGCGGCAAGUGUGGGAAGGGAUUUAGCCAGAGCUCCAAACUACUCAUCCACCAGAGAGUGCACACUGGAGAGAAGCCCUAUGAGUGCAGCAAGUGUGGGAAGGGCUUCAGCCAGAGCUCCAACCUCCAGAUCCACCAGCGGGUUCACAGGAAAGAUCCCUGUUAAAGAAGGUCUUCAGUCUCAGUGCUCAUACUCUAAAGACUGUUAAAUAUUUUUAACAU